AUGGCCAAGUGGCUCCGGGAGUACCUGGGCCGGGGGGCCCGGCGCUCCCCCCCCCGCCCGCCCCAACCAGACUACAGCGGCGGCGAGCGCCGCCCCACCGGCACCGGGAGCGGCGCUGCCUCCCCUCGGCACCGGCUGGUGCGGGUGGGGGGCGCGGGGCCGGGGGGCGGCCCCCGCCGGCUGGAGCAGGGCCCCGGAGAGAGCGAGUACUCAGAGCCCUUCGAGGGGGAGCAGGACCCAGCGCCCGAGGGUGGCUGCGAGGAGCCUGGUGAGGCCGCAGGGUGCCCCCGGCAGGGCGAGGGCCGGCGGGCGAGGCCACGGCGGGGACCCCAACUCUACGACACCCCCUCCGAGGAGUGGGAGACGGCGGGGGAGGGUCCCGGGGUGCCCACCGCCCGGGAGAGCCGCCUGCCCCGCGACGACGAGCGCCCGGCCGACGAGUACGACCAGCCCUGGGAGUGGAAGAAGGAUCACAUCUCGCGGGCGUUCGCAGUGCAGUUUGAGAGCCCCGAGCGCUCCCCCAGCCUGUCCCGGCAGCUGCCGCGGCCCCCCCGGCCCCCCACAGGUGCCAGGCCCGGCUGCCCCCCCAGCCCCAGGCACGUGGACACCUCGCUGCCCCUGGAGAAGCAGGCGUGGUACCACGGUCCCAUCGGGCGGGCGGGCGCCGAGACGCUGCUGGCGCUGUGCCGCGAGGGCAGCUUCCUGGUGCGGGACUGCGAGACCAGCCCCGACGACUACUCGCUCUCGCUCCGGAGCAGCCAUGGCUUCGUGCACGUGAAGCUCACGCGGACGCGGGAGCAGCACUUCGUGCUCGGCCGCGCCGGGGCCGCCUUCCCCUCGGUGCCCGAAGCCGUGCGGCACUACACGGCGCGGGCGCUGCCCGUCCGGGGCGCCCGCCACCUCUCCCUGCUCUACCCCGUGGCUGCGCAGCCCCUCUGAGCCCAGCGCCGCUGAGGACCCCCCAGCCGUGCCCCCACCCUGCCCCGGUCCCCUCAUUAAAAGCCGACGCGCAGCCCCAA